UCUUCAUCUUGGGUGAAUUGACGUAUCUUGUUGACUGCACCUGCUUGUUUGACACAUCUUGUACGGCAUUGAGAACUGAGGAAAUAGAGUUAUAUCAUCACAACCGAACGAAACUUGGUCAAAUUUUUGACUCCCUCGCUCUCGUACAAUGGCUGCAAGGAAGUGGUUUGCCUCGUUCUUCCCGUCGGUUAAGGCCCAGGAGGAGGAAGAUCUGGUUGAUCCGCAAACCGUCCUGAGGGAAAAAUGCGCCCAACACGGCCACACUCCUGCCUUGUGGGAGAAGUACCAGGCGUGCAACGAGCGUGUCAGCGGCCGUUCCCAGACCACUGAAACCUGUGUCGAGGAACUGUUCGACUACCUGCACGAGCUGGAUCACUGCGUUUCGAAGACCUUGUUCUCGAAGCUGAAGUAAAGGAACACACCUCAGAAUGUCCAAGAGAGCCUCACUGCAUUCGAUCCGCAACCAUUGAUGCACGAAGAACGGCGGUUACUGGCUACCAGUGAAACAUCCCGCCUGCUCCGAGCAUUACAGAGCACCUCCUUGGAACGAUUUUUUCGUUUUGUCACCGGGAAGCUAUAGUAAAUAAAAUUGAGUUUUAAAAACUGA